CAGCCCCCCCAUGAAGGGCGAGGCCCCCCCCAGCAGCACCCUGAGCGUGGGCCAGGCCCGGAAAAUGGUGGAGCAGCUGAAGAUCGAGGCCAGCCUCUGCCGGGUCAAGGUGUCCAAGGCGGCGGCGGAGCUGCUCAGCUACUGCGAGGCGCACGCCUGCGAGGACCCGCUGCUCACGCCCGUGCCCACCUCCGAGAAUCCCUUCCGCGAGAAGAAAUUCUUCUGCGCCCUCCUCUGAGCGCCCCCAAACCCUGCGGAGCCUCCCCAAAAAUCCCGAGUCUCCCCGCUCACAUUUCGGGCCACCCCCGUGAAAUUCCGGGGCCAUUUCACCCCAAAAAUGAGGCAGAAAUGAGGGAGGGGGGGUGGGGGUAAUUUGGGAGUUUUGGGGUCCCCCCCCAUAGCUGGACCACCCCCCUAAAUUUGGGAUCCCCCCUAAAAAAGCGCUGGGGUGGUCCCAGCUCAAAAUUUGGGGGGUUUCGGGUGGGUUUUUGGGGUUCCCCCAACCCCAAAAAGCUUCGAAGAUGGACUCAGGGAAGGUUCUGGAAACGCCCCCCCAAAA